UCUUUUUCUUUGGUACAUAUAUAGGAUAUAGCUCCUCUCCUUCAGUUCAUAACACUUAUAUUGGUUGACCAAUCUCAGAUAGAAUAGAGCAAAUGGAGAACGGAAGUGAGAAAUGGAAUUUCCAAGGGAACAAAGGGCUCAAUGCUUCAGCCAUUUCAGUGAGAGGGGUCUAUAACAUGCUCAUGGAUAGCAUCAGUAACAAUGAAAACAACAACAACAAACCUCUGGUUCGUCUCUGUCGUGUUGAUCCAACUGAUAAUCCACUGUUUCGGACUGCCCCUGUUGCUCCUGAUGCUAUUGCAACUGCUGCUCACUCCUUCAACUUCAACUGUUAUCCUCCCACCGUUGGCUUACCUGAUGCAAAAAGGGCUGUUGCAAAUUAUCUCUCUUCUGAUAUUCCAUACCAGUUAUCACCAGACAAUGUUUUUCUCACCGUUGGGGGCACACAAGCUAUAGAUAUAAUCUUACCUGCCCUUGCACGUUCUGGUACCAACAUUCUCCUUCCAAGACCAGGGUACCCUCAGUAUGAUGCUCGCGCCGCUUGUUGUCUCCUUGAGGUUCGGUACUUUGAUCUCUUGCCUGAGAGAGGAUGGGAGGUUGAUCUUGAUUCCCUUGAAGCUCUAGCAGAUGAGAACACUGUGGCCAUGGUCAUCAUCAAUCCUAGCAAUCCAUGUGGGAAUGUGUUCACAUCCCAGCAUUUAAAAAAGGUUGCUGAGACUGCAAGGAAACUUGGAAUCUGUGUAAUUUCUGAUGAAGUUUAUGGCCACGUAGCUUUUGGAAACAAUCCAUUUGUGCCAAUGGGAGUGUUUGCACAAAUAGUGCCAGUUAUCACAAUUGGGUCCUUAUCAAAAAGAUGGUUAGUUCCUGGUUGGAGAAUUGGUUGGAUAGCCACAUGUGACCCCCAAGGAAUUUUUGAAAAAACCGGGAUCAAGACAAAUAUCAUCAGCUAUUUGGAGAUUACUUCUGACCCUCCAACCUUCAUGCAGGCAGCAAUACCUCAAAUCCUUGAGAGAACAGAUGAUGAUUUCCAUUUAAAAAAUCUUAAUAUAAUGAGAGAGGCUGCAAACAAAUUCUAUGAUGUAUGCAAGGAGAUCCCUUGCUUGACAUGCCCUCACAAACCAGAAGGAGCCAUGGCUGCGAUGGUGAAGAUUAACUUCUCACAAGUUAAGGACAUUGUUGAUGAUGUGGAUUUCUGUGUCAAGCUGGCCAAAGAGGAAUCUGUACUUCUUCUUCCUGGUGUUACUGUUGGACUAAAGAAUUGGCUUCGGAUUAGUCUUGCUGUUGACCCUUCUGAACUUGAAGAGGGUCUUAGCAGGAUAAAAGCAUUCAGCCUUCGGUAUGCCAAGAUGUCAUAAAUCGUGUCACAUGGGAGGCUUUGUUGAAUACUAGGUUUAUAUAUCCCAUUGAGACCAUCUUUAUGGCAAAGUAUAUGUCUGAAAAUAAUUCUAUUUUAGGUGCUUAAACAGUUUAGUUAAGGACUUGUGGCAAUAAGCUCUUGUCACAAAAGAGUCUAUUCAUAAGCUAAUUUGAGAAGCUUAUUCAAAUAAGUUAAAAAUAAGAUAUGAAUAAACAUAAACUAAUUCGAAUAGUUUAUGAAAAAUAAGUUCAAAAUAGCACCGUGGACGAAA